UGCUGGCCAAGGGGAAGGGAGUGGGUUGAAGCAUUGCUAGCCUAUCUUUGCGUACUCUCUCCUUCCUCAUUUCCCCCCUUCUUUCUCUUCUACCGAUGCGGAGAGAGGCAAAACUUGUUAGGUUUUGCAGGACCUAUUGCCCCUAUCUCGUGUAUCACAAGCUGCUCAACAUUGCUACUGGCCUGACCACUAUUGUUCACAAUGCAACCAUCCUGCAUUUCUCUGACCACUACAGUCCCGCUCGCUGUCACAGAACAUUUGCGCAUGCUCUGGUGUUACGAAAUUUAAAAAAAAACUUACGGAUCUACGAGACAAGACUUCACCAAAUAGUAAAGAUGGUCUUUCAGUUCUUUAACAGAGGGUGCAACAUUUUGAUAUUCAACUUUUGCAGUGGACACAAUCUUGAUGAUGGCAUAUGGGUUACCCUUUAUAAGUUCAAUUUAAAUAGUUCCAUUGCUUCAAGUCUGUUAGGCAAAAUAGACCUCUACUCAGUCUGUAGUGAUCUAAGCAGUAAAAGGCCUGCAGGAGACAUUCGCAUAAUGCGCUUGGUGGAAGUGGCUCAGUUGGAAGAAUGGGUUUUAGUUCAAAAACUGCCAGUGGCAACUUGCUGGGCAAUACCACACCAGGCAGUACCUGAAAACAGAAUUAAUCAGAAAGUUGUGGUCAUGAACAUUUCUGGAUUUACAGUGGUAACAAAAUGCUGGACUAAUUUCGUAUCACACAAACCACCUUUUUCCACUAUGCAGGAGAUUUGAACAAACCUUUUUGUAAAGGGCGACCCACUUCUCGCCACUCUGGUCAUCAUCUGUAUCAUUGUCGUCCCCAACAUCAUGGUCAAGAAGGAGAGAUUUUGGAUCGACAGCCAGGGCCACAUCAGCAGCAUAGUUCGGGCCCCUCUUUUGAGGUCGACAAACAUCAAAUUGGAAGUCAACCAUUACCCUGCUUCCCAGUAGGUCACUAAACACGUAUGCAACGUGGUAGAAAAAAUCAACAAAAGCAUUUGAACUCGCUUCUUUUGAACGAAUAUGAGCAGUAUAGUGAACCUUCUUUUUUAUGCAUUCGCUUAGAGCUUUGAGGCUUUCUAAGGAUCCCACAGGCUCCUCUGGGCCAGACAAAAAUUCGCCUUUCUCCAUGAUGUAUUUGUUUAAUGCAUAUGCAUCCAAAAAGCUUAUUCCAAGAAGGAUUCGAACUAUGUUCAGAUGGCCAUGGUCGGCGACAUUGCUUGGCGGCAACAGCUUCGACAUAACUAGUCUUCGGAGCUCAUCUGAGGAAAAAAUUGCAUUACUAUAAAGAACUCACAUUAUUUGCAUUACUCAUUUACCUUCUUUC